AUGAGUGGACGUCGAGGAAGGCCACCGACACGCGCUCGAGGCAACCGGGCAAUUCUUGCUCCAAGUCCUGAUCCCAUUCCGGAGCCUGCACCUGUACCUAACCCUACACCACCCCCAGCAUCGCCUACUCCUACAGAUUCAGUGGCAGAGUUGCGCCAAGAGGUUAGUGAGUUGAGGGGCAUGAUGGCUUCCAUGUUGAGGCAUUUCGAGGAAUUCAUAGCCCAUCAGGGCAGAGCAGGACAGGCGCCGCCGGUAGCAGGGAAUGAGCCAGUCUUACAAGAAAAUGUUAGUGGUCAGACGUCGAACCCAGUGCAGCAGGAGGUCGAGCCUCAGGGUAUGGAUGGUAAUGCUGGCAGUCAGUUGGUGAGGAACUUCAUGGCACUCAGGCCAUCGAAAUUCAGAGGGGGAAACGACGUUCUGGUUGCAGAAGAGUGGCUGAUGGCAAUAGAGAAACAUCUGCGGACCAUAGGAUGCACUGAUGCACAGAAGGUACAGCUGGCCACAUACCUACUUCGGGGAGCAGCUGAGAGGUGGUGGGAGACGGCCAGACUGCGAUUCAGAAACAGGGAGCCAUCUUGGGCUGAAUUUAGGGAGCUCUUCAACGCCAAUUAUUUUCUCGCCUGGGUUCGUAGCCAGAAGACAUACGAGUUCAUCGAGUUGACCCAGGGCAACAUGUCAGUGGCUCAGUAUGAGGAGGAGUUCACCUCCCUAGCACGCUUUGCCCCCGAGUUAGUAGACACUGAUGAGAAGAAAGCGACCAAGUUCUUGAGAGGGUUGCGAGUGGAGAUUCGAUUUCAGCUGGCAGGUGCGCAGUUCACUGACUAUUCUACACUGGUACAUCGGGCAUACAUCAUUGAGAGGGAGAGGAGCGAGCUGAGAGCAGCCCUGACAGCUACUAGGGGGUCAAGCUCAGCCCAGGGACAGGGCAAUGACAGGAAGAGGAAGGGUGCACCAGGGCCUUCGAGAGGCACGCCAGACAUCCCCCCAUGCAAGACAUGUGGAAAGAGGCAUCGUGACCCAUGCCGCUACGACAGAGGGGUGACAUGUUACACUUGUGGUCAGGCGGGGCACGUACAGAGGGACUGCCCUCAGGGGUCAGGUAGAGCAAGCAGCCAGGAGGUGACAUGUUUUAAAUGUGGGCGCAAGGGCCAUAAGGCCAACGUUUGUUCAGUGCCACCCCAGCGAGGAGGCCAAAGGCCGGGGUAUCAGAGUGAUAGAUCUGGGCAGAGGCAGUCAGUGCCUAGACUUCAGGGGAUGGCACCAUCAUUGGCACUACCAUCAGGACAGAGCACCGCAGAUGCUGAUAAACCCCACAUCCAGGGGCGAGUGUUCGCCUUAACUACAGCUGAAGCAGAGCAAGGGAAGGACACAGUGCAAGGUAUCUUAUCCUUAUAUGAUAUUGAUGUUUGUGUUUUAUUUGAUACGGGAUCCACACACUCUUUUGUUGCACCUCGGGUGGUAUGUCAUAUUCCAAUUUCCAGUACAUUGUUACCAUAUUAUUUGAUUGUAACUACUCCGGGAGAUACGAAAAUGGUGGGUAGUGAGGUGUAUAGGGAUUGUAAAAUCAUAGUGCACGAUAAGGAGUUUCCGGGGAAUUUAGUGGUGCUAGACAUAAAAGAUUUUGAUCUUAUUUUGGGCAUGGACUGGCUAUCCCAACACUAUGCUAAGGUUGAUUGUCGACACAAGGUAAUUCAUUUUGAGUUGCCUCAUCAGCCAAUUGUUGUGUAUAGAGGCAUUAAACCAAUGAGCUCCACACCCUUGAUUUCGGUGAUGAAGGCGGAGAAAUUAAUGCGACAUGGGUGCGAGGCAUAUUUGGCUUUAGUGACGACUGGUAAUGAGGACAAGAUGGAAUUGCCAGAUAUUCCGGUGGUCUGUGAAUUUCCCGAUGUAUUUCCUGAAGAGUUGCCAGGAUUGCCCCCAUCGAGAGAGGUUGAGUUCUCUAUUGACUUAGUACCAGGUACGCAGCCAGUUUCUAGGGCUCCUUACAGAAUGGCUCCAAAUGAAUUGAAAAAGCUAAAGUGCAUUGACUACCGGCAGUUGAAUCAGGUGACGUUAAAGAACAAGUAUCCCCUCCCCCGUGUUGAUGACUUGUUGGACCAGUUACGUGGAGCAUCCGUCUUUUCGAAGAUUGAUUUGAGGUCUGGAUACCAUCAGGUGAGGGUCAGAGAAGAAGAUGUAAAGAAGACUGCUUUUCGCACUAGGUACGGCCAUUACGAGUUUGUGGUCAUGCCAUUUGGGUUGACUAAUGCCCCCGCAGUCUUCAUGGAUUUGAUGAACAGGGUGUUUAGAGAGUAUUUGGAUAGCUUUGUUAUAGUGUUCAUUGAUGACAUACUCAUCUACUCGCCGAGUUUGGAGGACCAUGAGACCCACCUUAGGCUGGCAUUGCAGAGGCUGAGGGAGAGGCAGUUGUAUGCCAAGUUCAGUAAGUGUGAUUUUUGGCAGCGACAGGUUGGCUUCUUGGGACACGUAGUAUCUGGUGAGGGUAUUUCAGUAGACCCUGAAAAAGUGAAGGCAGUGAUUGAGUGGCCAUAA